GAGGUACUGAAAGCCUUGACUUCUCCAGCUCCGAGGUAGUGGGAUCCUGUGAACGAGAGCGUUAUACCUGGCGCACUAUCAGCCAUAUAUCAAUCAACCAUCAGCAGUAAUUGUCAUUCAGUGUGGUACUGCUGUCCCCUCAAGUGGCUCGAUCAUCUGAUAUGAUCACACGUCAAGACACUAUUCAUGGCCGAUUUUGUGAUGCAUCCCCCCGCGCAGUGCAAUAUCUUCCAAGCAGGCCUUGUGGGAGCUUGUCAGAUGUGCGGAACAGAGGUGAUCUACUCGCGCCUGCUACAAGGCGAUUAAAAUAUCUCUGUUCUUCGUGCAUAUAACGGGUGCGGCUAUCCUCCAACGCUAUGUCAUACCUCCGAGUCCCAGGAUGUUUUGGGUGAACCAUGCACAUUUAAGAGUGUUCCACUACACCCGUCCUUUCACCCCAAGAUUUCCAUACUCCAGCCAUGGAGGAUGAUAGGUCUCUGCUACAGCUAUACAACAUUUUCAAUUUGGUGGCCAUAGUGGUGCUGUACUAUGACCAUACAUUGACAUCAGACGACGAGAUUUCAUAUAUCUGGAAAAAGCCUUGGAGGUUUGGCAAGACAUGCUUCAUGCUCAAUCGAUAUUUCGCUAUCCUAUCCAAUGCCUUUGUUAUGUAUGAGGCAUUCAAUGAUCUAUCCCCCCAAAGGGUGGAUAAUACCUUCCCUGCAUUCUAUCUGAUCAUCUUGACUAGAUGCUCGGAAUAUGAUCUGGUGCAUGAGCUUGGCUUUUGGGCAUCUCAGAUCUUUGUGACCACGCUUAUGGUUCUGAGGGUUUAUGCGCUGUAUGGUUGCAGUAAGCGCAUGCUCGCUGGUCUGGCUGGAGCUGCUGUCCUGCUCACUCUUAUACAACUGAUUUUGGGUCUCCGUGGACGGCCGACGGUGGCUUUGGGUAUGCCGAGCUGUAUUCUCUUUCCUCGUGAUGAUGCUGUAUACUAUCUUGCGGGCGUCUGGGAGGCAGGCUUGGCCUUCGACACCCUCAUCUUCAUUCUCACUGUCUCCAGAACAUGGUCAAGCAGCCCAUUACGCAGUAGGAAUCUUAUGAACUGGUGGGGAAUAGGAAGGCUCUUCCUACGCGACGCCUUCCGUGAUUAUUUUAACGGAAUUUCUGCGUUCGCGUAUCCUGCCGAUGUUAAGUUCGGACCACCUCUCCUCAAGGGCAGCCUGGCGACGCUUGCCAAUAUUAUUGGCGUCACCAUGAUGUCUCGGCUGACUCUUAACCUUUACCGUCACCUGGAAUCUACCGUUCAUGAGACGCCCCAGAUUCUUUUGACGACUCUGGGUCCAUCAAAUUGUUCUGGAGUAGCCAGCGAAGAUCGCCUGCACGCCUCGCUGCCAGUGUCCAUCAUUUCGUCCGAACACCGCGUAGCUGCACUGGCAUGA